AUGAGUGAAACUGUCAAUGCCACAUCGCGGACUCGGAGAUGGUGGAACGAGAACGAAGACAGGACCCUGCGACGGGAGGCCGAACGUCAACUCUCUCAGGGCGCGGUCAAGGACUGGAAUCGCAUUGCCGCCAAACUGCCAGGCCGCACGAACAAAGACUGCCGCAAACGAUGGAGCAAACUGAGCGAGUGUCUGCGCAAAGGCGCAUGGACGGCCGAAGAGGACAAGCGGCUCGUGGAUGCUGCCAACCAGUUUGGGCUGAAGUGGACUCUGAUCGCAGAAGCCGUGGGCUCGCGGCACGCCGAUCAGUGCGCCAAACGCUGGCAGAACUUCCUCGAUCCCAGUCUGGAACGGCUUGGGUGGACAAGCCAAGACGAAGAGAAGCUCAUGGCCGAGGUGCAGAUGCACGGGCACAGCUGGACCACGAUACGGGACCUGGCCUUUCCGGGGAGAUCAGUCACCGACAUCAAGAACAGGUGGGUAGCACAUACGGAGGUGAAGGCGAAGGUUUCUCACAUGCUCGCAGGCACACUAAGCUGGUGCGCGACCGGCAGCGCGCAGACUGCAGCAGCAGCACUUCACCGCAGGCCGACGAGACGUUCCAACAGGGCUUCUUGCAGGAGAGCGACAUAUCUUGGGCUCUGGACACUCCGCUGGAUCCGCAGGGGGAUUUUUGGGCCGAUGGCAUGGAGUUGGAUCCGUUGUGGAGCCUGA